AUGGCGGGGAUGCAAGGCAGAAACGUGGAUCAACAGCAAGGUGCAGGAUCUACAGGCUCAGCGGUGCCGCCUGCAGGACUGCGGAGGGGCCUCACAAACCCUUCAGAGGGACUUGAAAGACUUCGAGAACACCCUAAUUCAGCUCAACCAGAUGGGCGAGCAGCUGAUCUGCAAGCAGAACCCCGCUUCAGAUGUCGUAAGGAAGCAGCUCGACCAGCUCAGGGACCGGUGGCAGAUCCUCAACAGACAGCCACCAAUCAGACGAGAGUCCUGGGCAAUGCCAAGACCCUGCAGGACUUCAACCAAAAAGUGGACCAUCUGGAAGCAUGGAUUAAAGAAAAGCAGGAAGAGGAGCAGCGGCUAGUAAAUGUCAUUGCAGAAAACGUGGACAAAAUGCAGCUGACCAGGAGAAUUUUAGAUCUAAAACAGGAUGAGCAGCGCUACAGAAACCUCCAUGAGGAGAUCAACCACUUGGCCCUCAAACUGGAGAAACAAGGGAAGACAGAUGGCAAAAACAUCUCCAGCAGAAGGAAACACAUCAAUAAAAUGUGGCUGAAGGUCCAGUCUCAUCUGAAAAACUAUCACGAAACUCUACAGCUGGCGCUGGAGGUGUCCUCCUUCUACCAACAGGCUGAUAACACAUUGUUUGCUAUUAACAACAUGAUGAAAAACAUAUCUGGAUCCAAAGGCCCUGACAGCUUCGGAAACAGAGACAUACGCGAAAUAGCGAGUCAGAUCAUGAUGUUAGAUGUGAGCGUGUCCCAGUUGUCUAAUGUCCAUCCUGUCCUGGCUGCUGGUGUCACACAGAAGCAAAGUGAGGUGAAGGAAUGCUGGACACUUCUUCAGACAGUUUUCAGGAGUGACAGGACCGCGCUCUCUCCCACUGGCUCCAUAUUCACCAGGGAAAAUGUUGACCCUCUGACACUGGCCAGAGUGCACCAGCACAAUGUGGGAAAGGAGACCCAAAGGAUCAUGGGAAAGGAGGUGAAGGAGGAGCAGAACUGCCUGAAAGGCUGUGUGAGUACUUUGGAUUGUGGGAGCAGCACAACCCCGAGCAGCCAAAGCCAGGACCAUCAAUCAGUGAGCCACACCUCAUCACCCACUGGAGACAGCCAAGCCCACACGAAUGAUGUCAUUGUCAGACAUUUGAGAAGAGAAAGCUUGGAGCCCGUAACUGACCCGAAGCUCGCAGCCGCUCCGCGGGGCCACCCACAGCUUCACGUACAGCUCCAGAAGUUCACUGUGUCUGCUGACAAGACCCUCAGCUGGCUGAAAGACAACGUGUCCAUGGCCACACAGGUGUGUUCAAUGUCCAGCUUUGAAGGGCUGGAAGCAGCCAAGAAGUGUCAUCAUGCUCUGGAACAAGAAAUCCUCAACAACAGAGUCAGGAUAGAGGUGGUCAAAAGGGAGGGCCGCGGUCUGAUCCGUGCACAGCACCCAGGCAGUGCCAAGAUCGAGGAGUUCCUUGGCCAACUGGAAGUGCUGUGGGAAGAACUGCGGAGAAGGCACCAGAGGAAUGCCGUGUUUCUACAGGCCUCAGAGGAGCUUGGCUUUCGGGUUGUAAAAGUGCUGCAGGCUCUCGGCAGCUUGGAGGCCUGGCUGGAGUCGGUGGCGCUUUCCCUGAAGGAAUCCUCGCUCGCCAGGGACCCAGAGACAAUGAGCAAAGCCGAGAAGGAGAGCUCUCUGCUGGAGAGGGAGGUUGCAGCACGCAGCCUGGAGCUGAGUGCUCUGAGGCAGGAAGUGGACCGGCUCCAAGGCCACACUCACCCGCAUACACCAGGCUUGGCAGCCCGUAUGGACGAUGUGGAAAGAAAGUACUAUCGGGUCCAAAGUGCCCUGACCCAACAGAGCUCAAAGCUCCAAGACACACGAAUGCUAACUGAGUUCCUGGAGCGAGUGGAGCUGGAGGAGAGUCAGAAGUUCAGAAAUACUCAGUACAACCUUAGCCAGCCGUUCCACGGUGAGAUUUCCUCAACUCCUACCUUCCUUGGGCGCCAAAGCACUGGCGGCGGUGAGCCCUUGAUUGAAAGCAUGGGAGACCCUGUGGAGGAACUUCGAGAGGCUGUGGAGAUGCUGAAUGACACAGUUAGGGAAAGGGGUCGCUCGCAGAGCCACGACCAGGCCGUCCAGGAGCUGCUGAGCAAGCACGCCGGCCUGGCCGUGCGCGUGGAGGAGCGCCUGUGCCGCAGCAAGGAGCUCCGCCUGGACAUCUUAGAAAAGGAGACGGACAUGGCCAUCCAGUGCGAGCCAGACCGCUGUGGCGUGGAGGCUCUGCAGGAGAAGCAGGACCACCUGGAGACUGACUAUGAACUCAUCAGGGAGGAGGUGAAGAAGAUGGAGGAGCAGGCCGCGCGGUUGAAAGAGCUGUGCCCGGAGAGAAUGUGUGCACUCGGUGCUAAGAUCCAGACUGUGCUGCAGGCCUGGAUUGAGCUGGAAAAGAGUGUGACGGAGAACAAAGCACGUUUGCAAGAGUUCAUGCAGCUCCAGGACUUCUUCAGGAGCUACCUCACGCUGAUCUCAUGGACAGAAGACACCAGGUCAAGCAUUUUCUCAGAUACUGCCUUACAUCUGGGCAAAGACGGGCAGAAGCCGCUGGCUGCAGAGCUGGAUAUGCAGAUUGAGCAAAGGUUUAAGGAGUUCGAUGAGCUAGCCACCGUGGGAAAGAAUCUUUUAGACAAAGAACACCACCUGACUCAGAUGGUGAAAGAACGCAUGGAAGAACUGAGAAGUAUGCUCGGAUGGAUCGCAGUGCACUGGAGGGCUCAGAAAAAACAGCGGCUUCACAAAAUGAGAAGACAGGAGGCUUCAGAAGACAAUAUUUACUCUGAGGCCACACUCUGCUCCCCACUAACUCAGUGUCCUCACCAGCCUGCAGACAUCAACCCCUACGAAGACAAACAAAAGACAGCAGGAGACAGUCAGACCUCGGCUCUGAGACAAAAUGAGCAGCAGGAUGAGAAGCAGCUGGAGGACGGCUACGAGGUGAUGAACAGUAUUGAAGGUCUAAGUGGUGAGACCAACUCUUCAGAGUCUCCAAAACCCUCCAUCCUGUUCCUGAAAGAGCCCAGUAGUCCGACUCUAGGCGGUACAGUCAACCUCAUCCUUAGCUUUAGUAAUGCAGAGGACAGCAAAGCUCAGGUGGUCGAGUCUCCUGCCAGGAUGGAUGAGGUGGUGGAGGAGACAGCUGAACCUGUCCACAGGCCCUCUGUACCUCAGUCCUUUCCUCGUAAAAACUUUUGGAGACGCUGCCAGGGGCUUUUGGAAAAUACUUUGGGUAGUUUAAAGAGAAAGAGAAAGAUUUAUUGGCAGAGUGCAAAUGAGGUAAGUACCUAUUUGCAUGUCAAGGAUAACAACUUGGCUGUUGCCCCUGUGUCUCCUGUGUAUGAGAGUAUCUCCUUGCCCCGCCAAAAAAGACGCUCUACAACCUCGGCCUCCCCUACUCUUGUGCCGUCCUCCUCUUCAAUAUUGUCUUCAGAGGUAGCACCUCAGAUGACCAAUGUAACCUUUCAGCCAUUCACGAAGGCCGGUAACAGCUCCAUCUUCAGCAGCCUGAAGAGAAUAGGCAAGAAGAGGAAGCGAAAGAGAGAUGCUCGCAGGCACACUAUCCAAAGAAUCAUGGGGGUGGAAGAGCAAACAGACGAGAUGCCUCAACGUACCUGUGAGAUGAUUGCAUAUGAUACACGCACUUGGCCAUUGAAGGAAGAACGUCGGAAGAAGACUUCUUCGAAAAGUCUAGCCAGUGGGAAUGCUGUUAAAUCUAUAGCCUACAUGAAGAAUCCAUUACUGAAGGAUAUCGAUUCAGAGUGCUCAGGAGAGUACAGCAUUACCCCAUAUGCCAUAUCAGACGGGCCUUCUGCUGUGGCGCCUACAUGUCAGGUGAAAAGCCACUGUAGGUUCCUCUCUUUGGGCUCUGUGUUAAGUUUUGACCUACCUAAGGACAUGACCCUCAUCCCUAGUAUUCAGGACAUCAUUACAAUUGGCCCACCAGAGUCCAUGAAAGGAGCAGGGACUGAUUCUGACCCACACUCCCAAAGAAACACAGCCCUAAGCUCUUUUAAACAUACUCGAACCACUCCUGCGUCCAAAAACAAUUUAACAGAAAUCAAUCGAGCUGCAAGCUGUCCCGAAACACAGAGUCCAGAGGUUGUUUUGGAAGAUGUGACUGAUAUGAAUAAAAGUUUCCAAACAACACCAUCGACUUCCCUGGCAGAACAUGAGGAUCAAUCUGUAGCAAGUAAUGACCCAUCUAAAACCCAGCUGAGAUGCAGUCGGACUGUCAGUCUGCAAGAAGACACAGAGCAGGAGUGGGGCAAAGUCUUAGCAAACCGUGAGUCGUGUUUUGCUGAAAGGGAUGAAACCAGACAAUUAUCCCAGCAGCCUCUGUAUGUCAACCAAUCACAUGGCACAGCCAGACAUAAGCAUGUGUGUCCAAGUGUCCAUACUCAAAUCCGAGACCUUAAUGGACACCAGUACCAUAAACACAUAAGUCCCCAGGGUGUGUGUGAAGAAAACCCCAGAAUCCAGUGUCUGAGCCAAGCUUCUCACAUGAUAGUGAACCUGAAAUCAACAAAGAGUGUCAGUGUUCGACAGGAUUCACUGGACUCUGGAAUUUCCUGUUCUGGCAGCUUUAAGCUCUGCAAUGAUGCCCCGUUUCCUGAUAAUGCCCAACCCAUAGGGGUAGUAGGGAAGCUCAUGUCUCUAGAGGUGGGACAUAUAGACUGCACUAAAACAAGAGAGGACACUGUAACACCCUUACUUUCAUCUUUGCACUCAUCUCCAGACUCAGCAGAGCUGGACACAGACCCUGUCCACCUUGACCACCAACAGUUUGAAGAGGAAGAAGAGGAACUGGAGGACAUCUGGAACCAAACCAAUGAUUACAGACAGAGUAUCUGCUCAGACAUCAUGUACCAACCCACCCAAGAUGACUGUCCUGUGGUCUCUGACCCAUCCAAAGACUCCCUUUCUUGCUCACAUUCACCUAAGGACCAGUCUGUGUGCUUCAGGAACCUGGUCACAGCAUCAGCACCCAACCUUUUUGUGGCUGAGUUCAGACUGCCAUCCUAUAUCCAGAGCUUGCUGGGUUAUGACAAGGAGCAUAGUCCCAAAGGUCACCACCCUCCAAUGGUCAAAGCAGACAGGAGGUCCUGGGCAGCGUUUCCCAACAGGGAGCAAACCAAUCAGCCUUCAGUGGUAGUGAAUGAAACGGCAUCUGAUACAGUGAAGCUGCCAGAUGUUGUGGACAAUCAGAGAUACAUUUACCACUACAGAGAGAAUGAAGAGGAGGACGAAGAGGAGGAGGCAAAGGUGGGGGAAAAGGUGGACAAGCACACAGGUUGUUUGCAGGAUCAGUCAGUCAGUUUACUGUCGGUUCACAUGGGUUUGGAUGCAACAUUUCAGCAACGGAAAAACUUGGAAGACAAAGAGAAGCAAGAAGAAACGACAGCCACAGGAGGGCGCCGUGUCACAAUGUGUGGAAAGCCUGAGCUGCAGAUGAUGGAGGGAACACUUGAAAGGAAGCACAAGCUGCAGCUGGGAGGAAAGAAAGCAGCCUCCAGAGGCUGGAACUCCUACCAUGCUGUCCUACACAGACACACCUUGUGCUUCUACCUGGACAGAAAGGACAUAUUAAGAAGUUCAGCGUGCGGCAUGCCACUGAAUCUCAUAGGAGCCGAGUGUUCACUUGCACCAGAUUACACCAAAAAGCCCAACUGCUUCCGACUGCGACUGCGUGAUGGGUCUGAAUAUCUGAUUAAUGCCUCCUCACGGUUCAUGAUGAAGAAAUGGAUGAUGAAAAUACAAGCAAGCACAGUUCUGAGUGAAUCCAUGUCAAGUGUUCAAAAGCUUCCUGUUGCCCUAAAACCUUCUAAUUGCACCACCUGUCACAGUCUGACAAAAUGCUGCUGCUCCUCCGGACAAGAUUUCACCGCAACGUUACCGUGGUGCAAACCACUGGGUGGCUCCGCCCAAGCCAAAGAGAUCAUCGUCCUCACCAGAGAGUUCAGUCACAUGUCACAGAGUCAUUUAAGAAGGUUGGAUGAGCACUCGAUGAUCUCAUCUUCACAUGGGGGGUGCUGCGAUGAAGGUGUCAGUUUGAAACAGACAGUGAGUCACAGACUGUCUGGAGGAUCCAGAGACAGCACCUCCUCCUCCCCCUCCUCCUCUUCCUCCUCCCAUCAAGACCCUGUAAGCAGCACUCAGGACUGUGGCAGCAUCAAGCGUCGCUCCCACUCAUUCACAUCAGCAACUUAUCAGAAGAUCAAGCCUGUGUGGCACAUGCCUGGAAGCAUGGGCCAGGAAAGAGGCUCCAACUACUGUGUGACUCUGGUAGUCGCAGACAAAUCAUUAGAAAGCACAUCGGUUAGCGGGAGCUGUGAUCAGGACUCUGCUGUGAGGAACUAUGCCACACUACCACAACCACGCAACAAGUCUGUCUUCAAGAAGUUCUUUGGGAAAAAAGACCCCUGAGUUUCCACUAAAGGCUUUCACACACAAAGAUUUUUAGAAAAAAAAAAUCUGGUGUGCAGCGCGUGGAAGUCCAAUAGCAAUUAAAACAACUACUGACUGUAUUUAUGUCGGAAAGAGUUACUGUGGUUUUAUUUUCAAUUUUGCAAUUUGAAAAAUCACACCUUAUUACAUCUGAGACACCAGCUUUAUUCCUAUCCUGUUUUUUUUCCCUUUGUUCUCAUACUGUGUGCGUGUGCACUGUGUAGACGUAGAUUUGAUGAAUGACAUUUUAGCACCAGUGUUGUGUAUUUUUGGAACAUUGUGUUUGGAUUGUGUGUACAGUAAAUCCACCUGCUCAGUCAAGAAGUAGUUGAAGGAGAAGUUGGACAUUUGUCAGAGUAGGCUUUAUUUUAUUUUUUUUGCAGGGGGUCAUCCUUUCUCUUGGGACAAAAAUGAAUUUAAAUGGUACAUUAUUGAUUUAAAUGGUAAACACCAGCGUAAGCAAGCAGAAGUUAACAAGCUAAUUAAUGUUAUUGGGCGGUGCAAUAAAAAUGGCUAACGAGGCUCAUCUCUGAGCAUGGUGCUAAUUUCAAGAAGUUCAAAAUUUAGCAA